AAAUAAGACGACAGUAGUAGUAGUAGUAGUAGAAAGUGGAGGAGUAAAUAGUACAGAUGAAGACAACACGUUUACCGUGAGAGCGAGAGACACGGUGUGGGGCUUGGGAUUCCUUCGGAUGGCAUCCUAAAUUAAUAAAGGUACUCCCACGACAAAACCGCAUUUAUAUCGUCCGAACCUUUUGCUCCCCACCAUUUUUUGGUUUUCCUUCACUCCGGCUUCCUCCGAUACCCGCCAUUCUCGCCGACCAUUGCCAUCAGACGGUCGAUGCUUCUCAGAUCGAUACUCACCAUUGCAGGGAAGUGUUGUUACUUUCUUUCUCUUCAAUUCUUACUUGUUUAAUUUCAGUAACUUGGUAUUUGUCGUAAUGGUACGGUGAUUCUGAAAUUGGGAAGCUCAGUGCUGGGAAUUCCUCUUUUUUCCUUUUUCGGGGGUGGGGUGGAUUUGGAUUCUUUGUUGAUUUUUAAGGGAAUUGUGCUGGUGAAUUGGUGGUAUUGGUAUGUGGGUUGCUCUUGUUUGGAACCAUGGACAUGUGGGUGUACUGUUUCUGGAUUUCUGGGGGCGUAGUGAGGCGGAUUAGACGUACUCUAGGGUUUAUGUUUGGAGCAUCUGGAGUGCCUGAUCUUUAAGCGGAAAUUAGUGUUCGAUUUCUGGAUUUUUGCUUUUCUGGUCGUGGUUGGGUUCUUUGUGUUGCUUUGGAAUCUGGUAGGUCUCUAUACGAGGGUUUUGAUGAAUUGAUACCAAGGAUUUGGUCUUUGGCUUCUGGGCUUCCGGGGUUUUGCUUUUGGGUUCUUUGAGUUGAUUUGGCACCUGAGAAGUUUGAAUUUUGUGGGGUUUUACUAAUGGAGGCCAGAAUUGGAGGUGAGUUUCAUCAUUUCUAUGGCCAAGGUGCUUCUGGUAUUGUAUUGGAGGAGAAGGACUGGAUGGGGGUUGGAAGGAGGAGUUUGGAGUGGGAUCUGAAUGACUGGAAGUGGGAUGGAGAUCUCUUCAUUUCUAGCCCUUUGAAUUCUGUCCCAUCAGAUUGCAGGGGUAGGCACUUAUUCCCAGGAAGCUCCGGAAUUCCCACAGCUGGUGGUUCGUCAAACAGUUCAUCUUCUUGUUCUGAUGAGAUCAAUCCAGGCUCUGAGAAAGGUAAAAGGGAAUUGGAGAAGCGGAGGCGGGUUAUUGUGGUUGAAGAUGAAGAGUUGAAUGAUGAAGCUGGGUCCCUCACUCUAAAGCUUGGUGGUCAUGGUUAUCCUAUCACGGAAGCUGAUAUUUCAAAUUGGGAUGGCAAGAAUGGAAAGAAGACCAAGUUACUUGGCACUACUUCGAACCGUGCCGUCUGUCAAGUAAAAGACUGUGGGGCUGAUCUUAGCAAUGCCAAAGAUUAUCACAGACGACAUAAGGUCUGUGAAAUGCACUCUAAGGCCAGCAAAGCACUUGUGGACAAUGUUAUGCAGCGGUUUUGUCAGCAGUGUAGUCGGUUUCAUGUUCUUCAAGAGUUUGAUGAAGGGAAGAGAAGUUGUCGCAGACGUCUGGCAGGCCAUAACAAACGGAGGCGGAAAACACAUCCUGAAACAGUUGUUAAUGGAAGCUCCUUGAAUGAUGAACAAGCUAGUAGUUACCUAUUAAUAAGUCUACUAAGAAUUCUUUCCAACAUGCACUCAAAUAGCUCUGAUCAGACAAAGGAUCAGGACCUUCUGUCUCAUCUUUUGAGGAACCUUGCUAGCUUUGCUGGUGCAGUUGAUGGAAGGAACAUAUCUGGGCUAUUGCAGGAUUCCCAAGAUCCGUUGAAAGUUGGGACCUCUGUUGGAAAAUCUUCAGAGAAAGUGGCACCUUUGCUCACAAAUGGUGCUGAUACAACCAGACUUGUGGGCUCAACUUCUAAGAUAAAUUGUAAUGGUGCUCAAGGUCCUCAGAUUGGGUCCAGUGACCAUUGUUUUGGUGCAUCUACCGCUGUGAUGCCACAGAAAGUAAUGGUUACAGAAGAUGCUCGGGUUGGAGUUCUACAAGUUGUAUCUUCACAAAAAUCCACAACCUUGUUUCCAAUGAAACAUGGCAACCCAUCCAAAGGCACACAGUCUAUGGCGCGGAGGACCAAAUUAAAUAAUAUUGAUCUGAAUAACAUCUAUAAUGAUUCACAAGAUUGCAUUGAAGACGCAGAGGGGUCACAAGCCCCUGCACUUGAUUUCCCCACAUGGAUGCAACAGGAUUCACACCAAUCGAGCCCACCUCAAGCAAGCAGGAAUUCAGAUUCAGCAUCUGCACAGUCACCAUCUAGUUCCAGUGGGGAUACUCAGAGUCGAACAGAUCGGAUUGUUUUUAAACUCUUUGGCAAAGAUCCAAGUGAUUUUCCUCUUGUUCUGCGAGCACAGAUUGUGGACUGGUUAUCCCACAGUCCUACAGACAUGGAGAGCUACAUUAGGCCUGGUUGUAUCAUUCUAACAGUUUACCUUCGACUGCAAGAUUCCACAUGGGAUGAGAUUUGUGGUGACCUAAGCUCUUCUUUGAGCAGGCUCUUGGAUGCAUCUGAUGGCAGUUUCUGGAGAACUGGAUGGGUGUAUGCUAGGGUGCAGCAUCGAAUUGCAUUUGUCUACAAUGGUCAGAUUGUUCUAGACACGCCAUUACCUCUCAAAACUCAUAAUCAUUGUAGGAUAUCAAGUAUUGCACCAAUAGCAGUUACUGUAUCUGAGAAGGCUCGUUUUAUUGUUAAAGGCUUUAAUCUGUCUCGGCCCACCACCAGGUUGCUCUGUGCACUAGAGGGCAACUAUUUGGUCCAAGAAGCUACUCGUGAUUUGGUGGUGAGCAAUGAGAUCUUCAAGGAACAGGAUGAGUUCCAGUGCCUCAGAUUUGAUUCUUCUAUACCUGAUGUAAUUGGGAGAGGAUUCAUUGAGGUUGAAGACCAUGGCCUCAGCAGCAGUUUUUUCCCUUUCAUAGUUGCAGAGCAGGAUGUGUGUUCUGAGAUCCGUAUGCUGGAGAGUGUAAUAGAGGAGGCCAAGUCUGAAAAUGAUGCCCAGAGAAGAACUGAAAAAAUUGAAGCCAAGAAUCAGGCCUUGGACUUCAUACAUGAAAUGGGAUGGCUUCUUCACAGGACUCAUAUGAGGUCUAGAUUGGGUCACAUGGAUCCUAACUUGGAUGCAUUUUCCUUCAAACGGUUUAGAUUGAUCAUGGAGUUUUCCAUGGAUCAUGGUUGGUGUGCUGUAGUCAAGAAACUAUUGGACAUUGUGUUCAAAGGAAAUGUGGAUGUAGAAGAGCAUCCUUCCGUUGAGCUUGCAUUGUCAGAGAUGGGCCUCUUACACAGAGCUGUGCGGAGAAAUUGUAAACCAUUGGUAGAACUCUUAUUGAGAUACAUCCCAGACAAUUCAGAUGGUGCAGAAUCGAAAUACAAUCAACAGGGAGUCAGAGUUUUUGAUGGCUUCUUGUUUAGACCUGAUGUUGUUGGUCCUGCGGGUUUGACUCCACUUCAUGUAGCUGCCAGUAGGGAUGGUUGUGAAAAUGUUCUGGAUGCAUUAACGGAUGAUCCUGGAAUGGUGGGAGUUGACGCAUGGAAGAAUGCUCGUGAUAACACAGGUUUCACACCAGAAGACUAUGCCCGCCUGAGAGGCCAUUAUUCUUACAUCCAUCUGGUCCAUAAGAAAGCAAAGAAACCAGAAGCUGGUCAUGUGGUCCUUGACAUUCCUGGUGUUCUUCCAGAUUGCAACAACAAUCAGAAGCAAAUGGAUGGACUGCCGGUGGGAAAAGGUACCAGUUUUCAGAUUGACAAGACAAAAUUAGCAGUUUCACGGUAUUGCAAGGCAUGUGAUCAGCGGCUGGCUUCUUAUGGCACCACUAGCAGAUCACUGGUGUACAGGCCAGCAAUGUUGUCAAUGGUGGCCAUUGCGGCAGUAUGCGUCUGUGUAGCCCUGCUCUUCAAAAGUUCACCUGAGGUUCUAUGCGUGUUUCCACCAUUUAGGUGGGAAUUGUUGGAUUACGGACCAAUGUAGGUCCACCGUGAUCCUAUAUCUCUGUACUAGUUUCUAUAGGAUGUAAAUUGAUGAUGAGGUUUUCCUGUAGUACUGCUGUUGGAGCUUUGGAUGGAUUUGAAUCCAGUGAAUACACUCUGUAUUUAUGUUGUUCCAUUAAUCAAUAGGGAAUUUCAUUUAUUUAUA